AUGCCGAACAAGAAGAAGUUCGAUCCAGUGAAAGAGAAUAUUUCCAUCGAAGUGUGCCAUCGCGACAGUUGUCGGUCCUCGGGUUUCAACACAAGUCUCAGAGAUACGCAAGGGGUAUUACUUAUGGACAAGUUGACAAACGUGGUUCCGCUAACACAGCAAUUCUGCCGUUCUGCUGUAACUAUCAGUUGUCAUCCCAAAGGAGAACUCAAACCUAUUGACACGCAAAUUACGCUUUUCCCUGUACAGACCUACCAGUGUAGUUCCGAGGACAUCAUUAUACCGUCAUACCUCACCAGCGAACCUGUAAAACUAUGCUCCUCUAAGGACCUCAAAAUUAGUCGUGCACUGGCCAGAGACGAAGAUUACGCUGCUCACUUCACGGAUGCUGUCUGCCAGACCCCAACUUCUGGACUGCGACUGAACUCAGCUGUUGCCUGGUUCUUGCAGCGUACUAGUGAACUGGAGAUUUAUCCACUUACGUGUACUUUGAGGAACUGUACUUGGAACGUCACAGUCAUCAAAGGAAAAGAAUGCAAGUCCUGUCUUUCUUUGCCACCACUAGUUAUUUGUAAUUUGGAAAGUGCCCUCAUUAAUAGUAAUGCUUUCGACCUGUCCAAUAUUGAUGUGUUGCCAAAAAAGGAAGUCUACAACCCUGCUGAAGACGAACUGUCUCCGAGGAUAUGUGUUUGGAAUGCCUGUCGUAGCAGUAAUCUGAGCCUUGUGUUGGUUGAUAAAAACGAUAAGGUUAUUGAAAAGCAGGUGGACAACAAGUUGGCGCCCAUGUCGCUUGUCUGUCGCUCCCUGGUCAUUCUUGUUCGCCGGCCCAUCAGAGGAAAUGCAGCCACAUUGUUGACGCAUAACAUUGCACUUUCACCAAUGAUAACCUACGCGUGUGCUAACCGGGACUUUUUUAUAAGCCCCAAGGCACUGAUUGCCGCAAAGAAACGUAUUAGGAUCUGCCUGCCCACGGGAUCUGCAGAAAAUAAAGUCUCCGAGUCUGAAGGGCAUGUGCAUCCAGCAGACAAUGAGACUCUCUAUAAAACACAAUUUAAAGAUGUUAUCUGCAACAGCACGAAAACUGGGAUACGCUUUGCUCAGGGAUUUGCCAUUUUUGAGGAGGUGGAUGACAGUCGAGAGGAGUACCCUGUCGAAUGUCGAUUGUACGAAUGUAUUUGGGGCUUCCUUAUAGUAAAACACAAAAAAGGUAUGAACAAAAAACAGAAUAAUUUUCGGAAGGUGUUUCAUUUCAAUUGUUAA